AUGGCAAGGUCGACCCAAUUGAAAGCAUGUUUUAUAAUUUUCUGUCUUUCCUUUGGCAUUACUGCUUAUUCUCCUCUUGCAAAAUGGGUUUUUACCCCAAACAAUCUAGUAAAUGGGAAGAUCAAUGACUUAUCUUCUUAUAGCAAUACUCCUUUCCAAAAAUCAGAAGGGAGUAUAGCUUCAUCUGAUGUAACUUGCAAAGGUCUUCAUACAUAUAAGGAUACUUCCAAUGCUUUCUACUAUGGAACAGUAAGUGCUAUUACUUCGUCCACAGUAGAGUUUGGUGUAAGUAUAUGAAUGAGCUCGCAAGGCAAUGGAGUCCCAUUUCAAAUUGUUACAGCUCUCGAUAGAAGUUCAGAAUAUUCUAUCUGAUUUAAGAAUCCGGAAAUCUAUGUAUUUCAGUUGUAUGGAGGCAAAACUGAAGUUCCUAUUUCCCAAGGUAUGUUUUAUAUAGGAAAAUGAGUAUUUUUGGUAUUUAAUUUUGUUAAAUCUCAAGACAUUUGGACUUGGACAGUUAUCUCUCCAGAGUUUUCCACUUUUAGUUUAACUAGUUAUGGUAUCCCAGGGAAUAUAAUCAAAAUUGCAUGAGGAUCAGAUGCAUACUUUUAUGAGAUUCAACUCUUCAUAAAAGGUGCUAUAAAUUCGCCUAUUGUCACUUUAUAUGAUAGCUCUGAUGCUAAUUAUGAUGCUACAACUUCGACUUGUCUAGCUUCUUGCACAAAUUAUUGCCACCCCGAUGUGGGAUGCUUGAGCUCAGCAGCUUGCCCAUGCCCGACACUUUGCAAAUGCCCUGCAGAUGAUGGAGUGUGCUCGUCUUGCAACGAUCCAAAUAGUGUCCUUGCAAAUAAAUGUCAAUGUAAAACUAAUUAUGCUCUCGAAGGACUUACUUGCGUCUUAAGUAAUUUUCAUUUAGAAUAUCCUCUUGAUUGUGCACAAUGAACAUCAGACAAGGUAUGCACUCAAUGCAAUCCAAACUUUUUCCUCUAUAAUAGUGGCUCUUCUAUAAGCUGCUUAGGUAAUUUUUAUUUAGCUUGUGACUCAUGCACUUCUUGCAAUGCUAGUCCUACUUGCUUUAAAUGUACUGAUUUAAUUUCUCAAGCUGGAAACUCAUGCAGAGUUGACUCAAUUGGGUACAAGCUUAGCUUUGUCUCUCCAAACAUUAUUGUUGACUUCGCCUAUCCAUUGGCAAAGGCUCUAAAAAUAAGUAGCCUACAAGCAGCAACUACUAAUAACCAGGCUCUAGCCACAACUACUUGGGAAAUCCACUCACAAACUGUAAGCCAGCUGCAGAUUAGAACUGAUCUAACACUAAGCCAGCUCCCAAUCAAACUUAACUUCAGCUUUGAGCAGGAUGAUUAA